UCAGAUAUGCGCACGCAGCAUCAUCGGCUUCCUCCAAAAUGUUGCCUGACGAUGAACUGGCUAGAUUACCCGUAAAUUUUGGCUAUGACGUUGAGGAAACUGAGCAGCCACGGUUUUUUUACCCAGUUCUGUAUUGGUUGUCACCAUUGGUGGGUGGAAUACUUGGUUACAGGCAAAAGCCAGCCCUACCGUUUGUACAAAGAGUGCCAAGUAUUGGUCUUGGUUUAGCAGUUGGGGCAUUUUUAGGAGUCAGCGCACAGAACUUGAGAAUGAGGUAUCAGAGGAUAAGAGACCAUAACGUUAAGGAAUACAUCCGUCUACACCCAGAACUCUUCGAUGUGCCCCCCCCACCUUACUACCGUGAUGUUUUGGAACCAUGGCAUCCCACACGCAUUAUCACCUGGAAGAAAAUGGUUUACAACAUAAAAAUGAGCCAAUGGAAUUUUUUCCGAACCCCUGCAUCUGAAGAUAUCCAGGAGGAAGUGGAAGUCAGUGCUGAGAGCAGGGAAAGGUUUUCGUAGUCUUUUUGUCUCAGGACUUUCUGUUAGGAUAUGUGAAAUGAUAUGAAGUAAUAGAAAGUGUUUGGCAGUCUAUGUCAUCAAACCUAUGAUGAGUUGAAACUGAGACAGGUUAGUAAAGGAAUAGUUUAUAGCACAGGGAAAUUGAGGUGCUUGAUUGUUGCAGGUGGAAAAAAAGUGAACUCAACAUGGAAAAAAAUGCCAAAUAGAUUGAAACUGGGUUAUUUGCUUAUUGAUGAUUAGAGUGAACACGAAAAUACAUCAUUUUUUCAUUUAUAUUAAGGUUUAUAACUGUCAAAAUAAAGAGUUUUCAUUGCCAGUGGAAUACGCUGGCUAGAUAAAUACAUCAUUGGUAUAUGCAUACAUUUGUGACAUUGACCGCGUUCAUAUCUAUCCAGUUGUUAGAUGGGAUCUGUAGAAUACAAGUAUUCCUAUCUGGUCAGUGUGGAAGAAUAACAUUAAUAAUCAAGGCAAUGUUUGCUCAUUUAUAUGCCCUACAUCCUUUUUUUACAAUAGUCCAAGUGUAUGUUAAAUGUUCCGACUGCUUAGGCGAGAUGAGACGUACGUUGGUUUUGAUUUAUAAGACACAAAGCCAGGGAUGCUUCGUAGGCUACAAACAAACCUGCAUUUUUGCCAGAAAAAGGUCAGUUGUAGAUUAAUUUUUAUAGGUGCAUAAAGUUUUCAUAUUUGCAGGAAGUACACUAAGGUUCCUAUAUAUGGUAGGAAAGGCUAUUGUACUGAAACACUUACCACAACCAGAAAAGAGAUAGCAGGUUACUUGGUACGUUUACAUAUAUACGUAACAAUCUAGCCAUCAUAUUCCACUGGCACCAAAAACUCUCUCAAUGUGUGUGUGUUUAAUAAGAUAAACAAAGAGGUCACAGGAACUCGCUGGACCUGCUUUUCUUUACUUCACAGUAGAUCACAUGCAAUAGUGGACUCUUCCAGACAAUUAUUGCUGUUGGUUUGUUUCAAUAAAUUGUUUUAUUUUAA